AUGACCGAAACAAAGAUGCAACUAGAAGAUUGGCUGGAUGACUUAUGUGUCCGGUUUAUCAUCAACUUACCCCGUGAAGAGCUCGAAUCGGUGGAGCGGAUCUGUUUUCAAGUCGAAGAAGCACAAUGGUUCUACGAAGAUUUCAUUCGCCCGCUUGACCCCGCGCUACCGUCACUUUCUUUGAAAGCUUUUGCCCUACGCAUUUUCCAACAUUGUCCUCUUAUGUCGCAAUGGUCGCACUACCACCAUCAGACUGCUUUCUCAGAGUUCCUGGCCUACAAGACUCGCGUUCCAGUUCGUGGAGCAAUUAUGUUGAAUCAAGAUAUGGACGAAGUUGUGCUGGUCAAGGGCUGGAAGAAGGGUGCCAACUGGAGUUUCCCGCGUGGAAAGAUUAAUAAAGACGAGAAGGACUUGGAUUGUGCCAUCCGUGAAGUCUACGAAGAAACCGGCUUCGAUGUGCGUAAAGCUAACUUGGUGGAAAAUGACGACGCUGUGAAGCACAUUGAGAUCUCCAUGCGUGAGCAACAUAUGCGACUUUACGUCUUCCGUGGUGUUCCUCGUGACACAUAUUUCGAGCCACGUACGCGCAAAGAAAUCAGCAAGAUUGAAUGGUAUAAGCUAUCAGAACUGCCCACGCUCAAGAAGAAAGGGCAGGAUGAAGGGCUUGCAGUAGCCAACGCCAAUAAGUUUUACAUGGUCGCUCCCUUCUUGCACCCAUUAAAGAAAUGGAUUUCGCAGCAAAAGAGACUUGUGUCCAAUACUCAAAGUGCAGCAGCUUACUCCCAGAAUGAGAGUUACACCUCGGUUGAUGAAAACGGGUUUUCAACGAACGAUGCAAUGGCUCUGUCUGCAGCUGUAGGUGGAGUCCCAAGCGAUCUGCCUGAAGUCACAUCCGUUCAAGAUGUCUCAUCUCAUCUCAAGCGACUUCUCAACAUCGACGUGGCUGCCUCAAUUCCAGCACAAAUUCAAGCCGCCCAGGCUCCUCAAUCUGCUGCGGUAGACCAGUCAAAAUCGAAUGCCUUACUUGAAUUGUUGCGGAAGGGCUCUUCAAACGCCAUUUCUCAGGCUCAGAACGGAGCUGCAACCCCGCCAAGCUCAUCUCACCCAAGCUCACUACCUACGGCUUCAGCACCGCACCUGGCGCCCAAUUUCUUCCCAGGAUUUCCUCAGCAACAACAGAACAUGGUUCCAACAAACUUCAUGCAGCAGACAUCUGCACAGCCUUUUUAUAACGGCCCGCUUCAGUCAAAUAUGCAACAAUCUCAUUUUCCCCCUAUGAGUCACCCGGAACUUUCUGGGUCCCCCGCUGUUCAACAACUACAUCAAAUCCAUACGCAAAGCUAUCAAGACCGCCACCCUGUGUUUCAAACUGACGUCCCUGGGCCUCGAAGACAAGAAAUGGCCCCUUUCCAGCAGACUGGAGAUCCUCAAUUCACCCAGCAGGCCCCGCCCCCUCCAAUGAUGGGGGCAAUUGUGCCACCGGCGAGUAAGCUGCCUCCGCCCACGCUUAACAGCCACUCACUUGCAUUGCUCGAUGUCUUCAUGAAUGAGGGUCUGCAUAGCCCAAGGAGUCCUCGCGUUGCUACUCUAGCCGCUCCGGGGCAGGGCUAUGUCAAGGCGCGGAAGACUUCACAGCACCAAGAUAGUCUCCUGAAUCUGUUCAAGGGCCAGGCCACCUCUCCCGCUCCUCCCCCUGUGGAGCUGUCGGGAAAUUCUGUACCCCCAGCUGCGCCUGCAGAGGUUCAAAUUCUUCAGCGAGCUCCCCAGCAGGCGGUUCACAACACUCAGCGAGGACCUGGUGCAUUUAAACCGGGCCAGACGGCGGCUACAGUAUCCGGGCCUUUGAACAUGCCACAGUUCGAGGCGAUCCCCAAGUCAGCACCCAAGAAGGGUCCGAACGGACCUGGCCGAAAGAACAAUUCCUAUCGACGAGACCAGCAGAAUCCACAGCAAUUUACCAUUCUACCUCGGCCACAGUCAUCGAAGCGCGAUGUAUCGAUAUCCGAACCAAACAUGCAGGCUACUCAGCCUCCGUAUCGGUCUUCUAGCCCUCAACCUCAAGCGCCGGAACCAGUGAAACCUUUCCAGCCACAGAUCCUGCGACGCUCUGAGAAAGGGGGUAUUGAGAACUUGAUGGUGAAUACCCAAAAGACUGAAGGUAUCGAUCGUAGAAGUCCAGUUCCGUUGGGUGUGCAAGCACAGACACAGCCUGUGGAGCUAGCUCCUCAAAGCAGCUUCGACCGUCGACCCAGCCAGACAAACGCUCAGAAAGACGCCCUUUUGUCUCUGUUCGCUAAACCCAGCAUUUCACCAUCCUUCCAAUCCGCUGCUCAGCCCGACCACCAGGCCAUGGCUGUCAAUCAGCCAUCCACUGCGCCAUCAGGACUGGUGAGCCCACUUUCAUCUCGACAUAUCCUCAGCAGCGCUGAAUCUCUCUCGCGCCACGGUACCCCAUUCGAGGGCGAUACGGCUCCCAAUGGCAUUGCAUCACCAGACCACAAGGCUUUUCUUCUGGGAUAUUUGCAAGGUGCUUCUGCUAAGGUCAACAAGUAA